AUGGCCCCCCUGGCGCAGACCCUGGCACUGCUGGCAAUGACCGUGGCCACCACAGCUGUCAAGGUGGUAACCCUGGACAUGGCCCAGGACUCUUUCGAUGACCAGUACCGGGAGUGUGGUCCUGCCAUGACUGAGGCAUUGUCAGCCCUCAACCGUUCCGACUUUGAUCAGAACCCUCUCUUUGCCCAGGCCUGCCCUAAGGCCAGAGCCAAGUGGCAAGGUCAGAAGUCCCCUGUGUCCUCUCUGUCAUCUCCAGCCCAGGCCAUUGCCCUCAUGGCCUACACGAUGGAUGAGCUGUACAGAGAGUUCAACGCAGCCCUGCGUACAGCCGGGCGCUCCAGCCAGGAAUACCGGGACAACUUCCACUUCAAAACUCUGCAUUUCCUGCUGACCCAGGCCCUGGUGAUGCUGAGGCAGGCUCAGAAAGAGCAGUGUCACAACGUGUACCGGAGGGUGCGCACGUCCAGGUUCAAGGCAAAGCCUGGUGACAUCGUCCGGUUUGGUCAAUUCUCUUCGGCAUCACAGAGUGAAGAAAUUGCCAAUCGCUUUGGGAGUGCCACGGUGUUUGAGGUGUACACGUGCCACGGUGCAGCAAUCUGGAAUUUCUCCACGUAUCCUAAGGAGAGGGAGGUGCUGAUCCCACCAUAUGAGACCUUUGUUGUCAUCAAAGUCAGCCAGGAAGGAGAAAGGGCAAGGAUCCAGCUCCGCUCCAAGGGGACCUACAGCAACUACACCUGCGAGUGGCUGCAAGGUGGAAGCAUCCCCAGGGCCCCUUUCCAUGUCAGCAGACUCCUCCUGGCCACCACAGCUCUUGCAGUGGCAACAGGGAUCCUCUGA